GUUUAGGUCAAGAAAGAGAACCAGGAUGGUCACAGUAAAUAGAGCCGGGUAAAGCAUGAAGCUGUACUGCUUGUCCGGGCAUCCGACUUUACCAUGCAACGUGCUCAAGUUCAAAUCUACCACCAUCAUGCUAGACUGUGGGCUGGACAUGACGUCCACACUCAACUUUCUCCCCCUGCCACUGGUCCAGAGCCCCAGGCUAUCCAAACUCCCAGGCUGGGUCUUAAAAGAUGGAAGCACUUUUCUAGACAAGGAGCUGAAGGACUGUUCAGGUCAUGUAUUUGUGGAUUCUGUCCCUGAGUUUUGUUUGCCAGAGAUGGAACUAAUAGAUCUGUCUACCGUGGACGUGAUCCUAAUCUCCAACUACCAUUGCAUGAUGGCUUUGCCCUACAUCACAGAACAUACUGGAUUCACUGGAACGGUGUAUGCCACGGAGCCGACUGUUCAAAUUGGCAGACUUCUUAUGGAGGAGCUGGUGAAUUUUAUCGAACGGGUGCCGAAGGCUCAGUCUGCCUCCUUGUGGAAGAAUAAGGAAGUGCAAAGGCUGCUGCCUGCCCCUUUAAAGGAUGCCGUUGAAGUGGCAACAUGGAGGAGGUGCUACAGCAUGCAGGAAGUGAACUCUGCACUCAGCAAAAUCCAGCUGGUUGGUUACUCCCAGAAAAUAGAACUUUUUGGUGCUGUGCAGGUGUCUCCACUCAGUUCCGGAUAUGCGCUAGGCAGUUCCAAUUGGAUCAUCCAGUCACAUUAUGAGAAGGUGUCCUAUGUCUCGGGAUCUUCACUGCUCACAACGCAUCCGCAGCCCAUGGACCAAGCUUCUCUUAAAAACAGUGAUGUUCUCAUCCUGACUGGGCUAACCCAGAUUCCCACAGCCAAUCCGGAUGGCAUGGUGGGGGAGUUCUGCAGUAACCUUGCUAUGACCGUUCGGAAUGGGGGAAAUGUGCUGGUUCCCUGCUACCCUUCCGGAGUGAUUUAUGACCUUUUGGAAUGUCUGUACCAGUAUAUCGACUCUGCAGGCCUCUCCAACGUCCCUUUCUACUUCAUCUCUCCUGUUGCCAACAGCUCACUUGAAUUUUCCCAGAUCUUUGCUGAAUGGCUGUGUCAUAAUAAGCAGACAAAAGUAUACCUGCCCGAACCGCCAUUUCCACAUGCUGAGCUUAUUCAGACAAACAAGUUGAAGCAUUACCCGAGCAUCCAUGGAGACUUCAGCAAUGACUUCAAGCAGCCCUGCGUGGUAUUCACCGGCCACCCUUCCCUUCGGUUUGGGGAUGUGGUGCACUUCAUGGAACUGUGGGGGAAAUCCAGCCUCAACACGGUUAUAUUUACAGAGCCUGACUUCUCCUACCUGGAUGCUCUAGGACCUUAUCAGCCAUUGGCUAUGAAAUGUGUUUACUGUCCCAUAGACACCAGAUUGAAUUUCAUUCAGGUGUCCAAGUUACUGAAGGAAGUACAGCCUCUCCAUGUGGUUUGCCCAGAGCAGUACACCCAGCCUCCACCAACCCAGUCCCAUCGCACAGACUUGAUGGUUGAUUGCCUGCCCCCACCCAUGUCCUACCGCCGAGCUGAGGUCCUGACCCUUCCAUUCAAACGCCGCUAUGAGAAAAUUGAAAUUACACCAGAGCUUGCGGAUUCGCUGGUGCCCACAGAGAUGAAGCCAGGCAUUUCCCUAGCAACCGUUACUGCUGUUUUGCAUACUAAAGACAACAAGCAUGUUCUGCAGCUCCCUCCAAAGCCACCACAGCCCCAGCCGGGCAAGAAGCGAAAGAGGGUGACGGAUGAUGUGCCGGAACUGAGAGCCAUCAAGCCUCUGCUUAGCGGCUCCGUUCCUGUGGACCAGUUGGUGCAGACUCUGGAGAAGCAUGGCUUUAGUGACGUAAAGGUAGAAGACACCCCCAAAGGACACAUCGUGCUGUUUCAAGAUGUGGAAACGCUCAUUCGGAUCGAGGAGGAUUCGACGCACAUCAUGUGUGAAAGCGAUGAGGCGCUGAGGGUUAAGCUGCAGGACUUGGUCCUCAAAUUUCUGCAGAAAUUCUGAGUCUCUCUGUUGCAGAGUUUCUUCUCUUGAAAGAGGGAAAAGAAACAGCAGGAAUGGAAAUGGUCCUAGCCUAGGUGGGGAAAGCAGAGCAGCAGCUGCCAUGGAAAGACCGUGUACAGUUGUUCAUCUUCUUUUGCAAGAAAUUGCCUCUAAGCCAGGAAUAAUUCAGCCCAGUGCUGCUUUCCCCAUCAGGAAGCUACAGUGACAGAAAAAGCUGCACCAGUUGGAUUUUGUACUGUCCUCCUAUAAAAGGUGAAUGAAGUUUGAUUGGGAAAAUUUGGUUCCUCCUUCUCAGGAGCCUUGCCUCUGUUAAAAUAGGAGGAGAACACAGGCCCCAAGCUGUCAUUUAUGGCUGCAGCCUGGAGAGAAGACCCACAGCUCACAAGCAGCUUCUCAAAUGUUGUUCCGAAAGCAUCUUCUCUUAGGUGCAUCCAAUGCAACAUGCACACAUUUUCAGAAUGCUCCCCAGAUCUUUCAGACAAAGCAUAGGAGUCAUCCUUGAGUUGGUUGGGACAUGAUGGAAAAUCUGUGGUGAGAAGAAAUACCUAUCAAUUGCAUUCCCUGUUUUAUCUUUCUGGAGAGAUUUUAAGGCAUUUUCUUCUCUUGCGCUCAGGGAAUAGCCAAUAAUGUUUUUAAAGAGGCAUCUUGCUUUAAUUCAUGCUGUGUUUCUCUUUUCAUUUCCUCUGCAUUUUCAACCUUUAAAUGGUCAUUGUUUUUCUUUUUAAAAACAAAAACCUGGAGGCCUGCUCAGAGUUGAUCAAAUAAAAUAACCUAUUUUAAUA